UCGAGCGUCUACUAUACUGCGAUAUUAUUAUUUUAUUAUUUCUAUAUUUAACCUUAUCAGCACCAAAAUAAACGUAUUCUUCAGUCUAUUAUUAAAAGAAAGCUGAAGAGAAGGUUCGAAAGUGCGCGACGGAUGUUGCUUGUUAAGCGAGCGCAAUCUCGAUGACGCCGAGCGGAUUGACAGCAAGAAGGAUACAUCAUUAUCCUGCAAGUGGAUUGGCUCGCGCCAAGAUCGAACGGAUAAACUCGCUCGUUAAAGAAGCGUGAUGCGGGGGUGGCACGGCGAGCUACCUAAUGGGAAACACGUUGAUCGCCGGCGUUCGCGAGUGAACGAUAAAAAUACAUGGGACAAGCUUGGUGGGCUUAUGGUAAACGUACGCAGCGCGUUGAAAGCGAGCUGGCUCGUUAACGCUGAUCGCUUUGCAUACUCGUUAUGACGUAAAUACACCCAUGACCGAUCGUGCAUACCGGUCUAAUAACCAUGUCGAUUAUGUGCACAGGUUGAUGCUCGUUCAUUGGAUGCAAUUUUUUGUGAACAUUAAAUUGCUGGUUAAAAAUAUUGGGUGGAAAAUUUAAUUUCAAGUCUGGCUUUUAAUUGUUUGGUUUAGAGGAAAUUUUGCCUCAAAAACCAGGAAAAUCUUCAUAGGAAUUGGACAAUUAAUUCUUGAAAUAAUCAUAGACACCUGCUUCACUUUCCCCAAUUUUACCAGACACUUGUCGUCCUUUUGUACUUUGUACUCCAAAGCUACAUGAAACCACUGUCCAAACAUCACUACCAUCAAAGAACGCACCUUUUCCUUAUUUUAAAUUGUAAACAACCCUUUAUAAACCACCCCAUCAACCAGCAAACGCAGCCCUAAUAUCCUCCCUCAUUAAAUGAAAAUCAGCAACAGCAUCAACCUAGCUCAACAACAAAAGUAACGAUAAAAACCGAUCACAGCAGGAAAUAAAACAAAAGGGAGAAAAAAAAUAGAGUACGAGGCAGGGAUAGAAUGCCAGCACGAUACCGGGAGAACGAGCAAUUAACCGGGAAUCGACGCCAUGGGAACUGGACAUGUACGAGGUCCUGAAAUUUGACCCUUGGUCCGAGCUGGGUUGUGCUGGCGGUGGAUCGCGAACACGGAAGGACAAAAGCGGCCAAAGCAGCAAGAUGGCGGAUCCAUGGAUCGGUAGGCGCGUCCGGGCACCCAGUUGGUUCAAGCAACGACCAAUCCCCGGUGCGGUAUAACCGCGUCUGUGCGGUUCCGCGGCCACGCCAGCUGCCAGACCGCAGCGAGUCGGCGCGGCCCAGCAAUUGAAAUGCGGCUCGCCGACCGCCGACAGUUUCCCGUCGACUCGUGUCAGCUACGGUCCUCUCCACGUGCUUUUCUCAUCGUCCUUAUCUUGUCUCUUGCACCCACGUUGCAGCAUGCAUUCAGUCAGUAUGGCAACAAUCGUGGACCAAAGUGUCACGUGUGUUUGAGACGGAGUAAGAUUGCGGGAGCAAAAUCAGCGAUUUGGGAUUUUGUUGGAUUGUGCUGGACCGAGUAGACUUGUGUUUGGAAGAGAACUACGAUUUGGAUUAUUUGAAACUGUGAUUUUGGAUUGGAGAAGGAGAUUGAGUCUAGAAACGAUUCGUCAAAUUUUAGAAGUUUCAAAAGGUGGAUUGUGUUGGGUUGGGACAGUUAUAGUUAGCAGAAAAAACUGUUUCUCUGGGCUGUUCGAGACUAUAAGGGGAAUGUGAUUCUAUGUUGUAAAUGAUGGUUGAUUAGAGAAACAAGCAAUUUGGGCCUUUCUGUGGUGUUUGAAGAAGUUUGACACUGUGGUAUGAAUGCCAAAUUGGAACAGCUCUAUUUGGAGAACACUGUGAUUUUGGGCCGUUCAAAACUAUAAAAAGAAUUGUGAUUUCUAAGAAUUUUGUGUGAUCAUCCCUAGGAUUGAAUUGUAAAUUAUUACUUACUGUGUAUAUUAACUUUGAGCAAUGCUAAGCAUUUAAAAACCAAAAUCUUAAAUAAACUGCAAUCUUAAAGUGACAGGUAUAAUUGUACUAAUAUUAAUUGUGAUGUGUAAAUGAAAUAUUUGAUAUUUCAAUACCAUUUUAAAAUACAAAGGUGACCGAAGAAUCACUCUCUUUUCGCAAUAAUUUCUUGCGACAGGACUGAAAAUCAUGAUUAAAAUCAUCUUAAAUCACUGAAGAUUAUAUUAAUCAGCAUUGCAAUAUAGAAAUCAACCAAUAAAGAUGGAUUCUAAUAUAGAAGAAACAGAGCUUGACGUUGGAUCAGCGAGCGACGAACUCGAAUCAUCGAUAGCAGAAUCGAAAUUAAUACGUCGACCGACACCAAAACCAUUUACCAUUGAGAGUUUGAUAGGAAAUUGCGGUGCGCAAAAAGGAAACUGUGAUCCAACAACUCAAGGAGAGAGAACGAAUGAAAAUGAAGAAGAUUCUGAUAGAGAUAGGGAGUAUCUUUAUCAAAGACACUACCUGGCGACUGCGGCGGCCAGCGCACUAUCCCCUGGUUUUGGUAUGCCACUCGGUUUAUACGGUGCAUGGUUACCGAUGCGGAUGUACGGUAGCGGUGGGACUUCCGGUGUUCCGAUGUUACCAGCGCAUACCUCCGCCAGUUAUCCGUCGCACCAGGAUCUCUACCAAAGUCGAUUAUCGCAGCAUCUGGGCGCGGGGACAAAUCAUCUUCAGGGUGCAGCUUAUCCGGUCGCUUGUCAGCGUUCAUCAAACCAUCGUGGUUCAACCAGCUUCACAGACAGUGAAGACGAUGGUAGUAUUGAUUCGCCAGCAUCACCUGCUCACGAUCUUUCGAAAUCGAGACAAGGUUCCGAGAACGGUCGCGCUUCGGCGGACAGCGAAGACGAGGGUGGAGGGUUGAGCACCACCGGAGAGGGUCACGACCCAACCGAUACCAUGUCCAGCAACGCGUCCAGCAACGUGAGUCCCGGUGGAUCGUUAGAAAAUGGUCAAAACACUUCAUCAACCGGGUCCAGCAAUAACAAAGCCAGACGCAGAAGGACAGCCUUUACUUCGGAGCAAUUAUUGGAACUCGAAAGAGAGUUCCACGCGAAAAAGUACCUCAGUUUAACCGAGAGAUCGCACAUCGCUCAUGCGUUGAAAUUAUCAGAAGUGCAGGUGAAAAUCUGGUUCCAAAAUCGAAGAGCCAAAUGGAAGAGGGUGAAGGCAGGAUUGAGCGGAGGGGGUGUUGGUACCGGAGCGACCAACAUGGCGACGGCUGGUGCUUCCAGCAGACACAACGGAGCCUCUGGUCAACAUUCCGGAAAUGGUACCAGAAUCGUGGUACCCAUUCCAGUUCACGUCAGUCGACUGGCGGUCAGAUCUCAUCAUCAUCAUCUGGAAAAGUGUGCCAGGCCACCAAGAGUCAGACCAACCAGCGAGAGUCCAUCAUCCAGUGCGUCAUCGUCUGUUCUUGGAGACGCUCUAGGCUUGGUUAAUUCGUCCAUCAAUCUGAGUGGACAGGUGCAAAGUCCUCUGAACAGCGGGGUUGGUAUAGGUGUAGGAGUCGGGUUGAGAGCGUUCACUGUGCCCUCUCAUCGAGGUGGACUCAGCUCUUCCGGCAGGUAGUGAAUGGUACACGGUGAACCACGGACUUGAUGAAACUUGAGGGGUCAUGGUGAUUCGUGAUUCUUUGGAUGAGACUAGUGAGAGUAGACACGGUGUAUCGUUGAUUAGGGUGAACGGUGAGGAGGAAACGAUGGAGUUUAAGAUCGAUGGGUGAUUUGGACUUUGUGAACCUUUUAUGGUUAGUGCAAAUUUGGAGAAGAUUUUAGGAUGUUUGUUACUCGAGAAUGUUUCUUCUUUUGUGUUUUUGGAAAUAUUGGAACUCUAGUCCCGAAUAAUUUCCAUUUGAAUUUUACAUAGCUGAAAUUGCACUCUACUUGCCUCUACAAUCUUGAACGCCGAAAAGUGAAGUAAUGAUUCAAAUUGAAAUUCAAUUUGUAUAACUAAUCGAGUAACGAAACGAUCUUCCCGAACACUCUCCCUUAACAAAUUCAUUCCGAUCGAGUCAUCCUGGAAUAGUGUUUGAUUUUUCAUCGUUCUAUGGAGAUCAAUCGAUGUAAAUAAGCGUCUGGAUCGUAGGUAGAACUCUGUAAAUAGCUUUCGCACAGCGUACCUAGGCUGUUUCAUUGGUCGUACGACUGUAGGUCGUGUACUUGUAGAUAAUUUGCCUGCGUUAAGCGAACCUUCGCUCUAUCCAACGAGUACUAUGUUACGACGAUAUAUUCUAUCGAUCGAGCGUGCGAUUAUUGCAGCUGCAUCAAGGCAGCGAUGAAGCGGAAGAACGGCCGAAGUGUAUAUCGAGAGGGUAAUAAAACGUGCGAGUAUCAUGUGGAAUA